CACCGGAGAGCGUCACCACUUCCUGGAGCUCACGUUCUUGCUGACAUCAGAGGCGCAGCUCGAGGGAGAAACUCAGAUCCCUCUCUGUAGUGUUUGUGGAGAGACGAGCAAAGAGCAGGGCGACAGAGAAAAACUUUCCCCUGCUGAAACACAUUCUGCAGUUUGCUCCUGUCCGUGAACGCAGCACUGGAUUUAUUGCACCUGGGAGAAGAGGACAUCUCUCAGCCUGAACACAGCUUGUGUUUGUGAUCUCUGCGGACUGAGCGCAGUUUCCGGAUAUCAGAACACACUGUUUUGGGGAACAUUUUCUGCUCUGCAUCAGUUGGGAUUUUUCCUCUCUUCCUGUCGUUUUUUUUUUGUCAGAACUUCUUCUCGCCUGAUUUCUCGUCUUUAAGAAUCCUGCAGCCACAACAAAAACAUGGAGACUCUUAGAUAACAAGGAUGAAAUCUUCGCCUGCAAAGAGAAGUUGAGCUCUGCGCUCAAGUUCAACAGGACCACUUCCUGAUGAUGACUGUAAACAUGGAUGACGGUCUCCAAAAUGGACCCGGACAGCCCAGGAACUCACAAGACGACGAGGAGGCGCUGAACUCCAUCAUGAAGGAUCUGGCAGCACUGGGUCGCUGUUACACCCAGCACAACAGCCACAAGCCGAAGAACAGAACCUUACUCUACAAACAGGAUUUAAGAGUCAAGCUGGAGCAUGAGAGAGAAAAACGAAUCAUCCCGUUCCAGAGGCCGCUGAAGAUCAAGGAGCUGCUGCAGAAGGUGACCGAGGCCUUUGGGCAGCAGAUGGACAUGUACUUCAUGGAAAAAGAGCUGCUGAUGCCCAUGAAGACUCAGGAGGAUCUUGAUCAGGCGGUGUUGACGUUGGGCUGCAGCACGGGGACCAAUGGGCUACUUAGGAUACUGCUAAAAACUCCCAAGAACAACCAUUACCUACAGGUGAACAGUAGGGACAAACAGAGCGAGAUGAAGUCAUCACGGUCACUGGGAGAUCUUAAGGGCUCCCUGCUGAAGGGUUCGGAGAGAGUGCGCAAACACUCAACAGGUUCCCUGCAUACAGGUCGGACGUCACCGCCUCCUGGCAGCGUCCCUGAGGAGCAGCAACAGAUUGCCCGCCAGGGCUCCUACACCAGCAUCCACAGUGAAGGGGAGUUCAUCCCUGAGACCCAGGACCAGAAUAUGUUGGAUCCUUUCAGGAGCGCAGACAACUCACUGUCAAGCAGCUGUCAAUCAAUAGAUCAAGCACUCGACAGCCCUCCUUUUUCCCAGAAGAACCGGGAUAAUAAUUACCUGAACCUCAACUAUGAAUACAAAGGUCGCCACGGAAAAGGAGGGACUUUCCCUCGCCAGUUCCAGUUGCCAAAUCGCAGCAAAGAUUACGGAGACCGUCGUAGGACACUUCCGCGCAGCUUCAUGCCACAGGAGAACCUGUUUCAGCUGGUUCCCUCCAGUCGCACCCGCAGUUAUACCGGAGACAGUACGCUGCAGUACAGCGACCUGCGCUCACUGGGCCGCACGGCUGACAAAAGCUGCCAGCGUGGGACAGCCAAGUCGCCCAGGGCGCCAGUCAACUGGCGACAAGGAAAGCUCCUGGGGCGUGGGGCGUUCGGGGAGGUCUACCUCUGUUAUGACGCCGACACAGGCCGUGAGCUGGCUGCCAAGCAGGUGCCCUUUGAACCUGAUUGUCAAGAAACAAGCAAGGAGGUGAACGCUCUGGAGUGUGAGAUCCAGCUGCUGAAGAAUCUUCGCCAUGAGAGGAUAGUUCAAUACUACGGUUCUCUUCGGGACCUCGAGCAGAAGAAACUCACCAUUUUUGUAGAGUUCAUGCCUGGGGGCUCAAUAAAGGACCAGCUGAAAGCCUAUGGGGCCCUGACAGAGAAGGUGACAAGGAGAUACACCAGACAGAUCCUCCAAGGAGUCUCCUACCUGCACAGCAACAUGAUUGUACACAGAGACAUCAAAGGUGCUAACAUCCUGAGAGACUCGUCAGGGAACGUGAAGCUGGGAGACUUUGGAGCCAGCAAACGUAUCCAGACCAUCUGCAUGUCUGGUACUGGAAUCAAGUCUGUCACUGGCACCCCCUACUGGAUGAGCCCGGAAGUUAUAAACGGAGAGGGAUACGGCCGCAAAGCUGAUGUCUGGAGUGUUGCCUGCACUGUCGUGGAGAUGCUGACUCAGAAACCUCCAUGGGCCGAGUACGAGGCCAUGGCGGCCAUUUUUAAGAUCGCCACCCAGCCCACAAAGCCCAUGCUUCCAGAAUGUGUGUCCGACUCGUGCAGAGACUUCCUGCGGCAGGUGUUCGUAGAGGAAAAAUGGCGGCCCACUGCAGACAUGUUGCUCAGCCACCCGUUUGUCCAGGGCAUCUUCUGAGUCCUGUGGACCCCCGUCCCUCCCCCUCCUUCGCCUGCGUAGGCCUGAGAGUCCCCGGCGCCUCCCCUCCUCUCCAGCCCAGCCCGUCCUCAGGGCCCCUCCCCUCAAAUCACCAGGCUCCAGGGCUCAAUCCAGCUUCCUGCCCUGUCGUCUAUCACCAGCGUCUGCCUUGUCAGGACCCCUCUUUCUCUCACCAUCUAGCUCAGCUUGGUUCCACAGAGAGGCCAGGUCGACCGCUGUCAGACCUGCGGAGUGCUCCGAGGCAUCGCAGGGAGGAGACUGACGAGAAGCACUUAGCAGUCUCACAAGCUGCAGACUGCUGUCCUUAAAAGGGACCAGAGUUAGAAAGCAGGCUGGGUCUUUUCACUCAUUUUUUGCCGCAGAAGAGUGUUUUGGUUUGUUCCAGACACUAUGUAAUCCUGAUCGAGUGGUGAUCACAUCUGACAGUACUGUAUGUUACUCAUCAGCCAGAGUUAGCUGAGAGUGAAAAUGAGAUGGUAAAAUAUUUUUAUAUGAGAGUGAAUAACACAUUCAAUGUCAUCUUAGAGAAUGAGUUUUCUAUCCACGCCUGAAAAAAUGUAAAUGUAUUUUUGUCAACGCCUUACAAAAAGAAUUUGUAAGUAAGAAUGUCUUUUUUAAACAUCGUAGAGGGUUGCAUCACCCUACCUUUUAUAGAGUUCAAAAACCCAUUUAGAAGGAAUGUCAACAUUGCACUUUUGAUAUCAUGCAUUGACACAUUUCCAAAGUGCAAGAUAAUCAACUGAGGAGAUAUUUUUCUAUUUGAAGCAUUUUUUUUAAAUAUACUUUCAUAAGAGUUGUGUAGUUUCUUCUUAUUAUUAAAAAAAAAAAAAAAAAAAAAAGACCAAACUUUUGCAUCAGUGUGCAAUGUCUAUGAAGCAAUACCAACAUUAUAGUUGGAGUCUGUGACAACCAGCUUCUCAUGCAGUGAGCCUCGGGUCCACAGAAUAAAAGGAGACGAAUAAAUAAGAAAAACAGCCAAAGAAAAGUUGCAGAAACUUUUAAAAACUUAAGGCUAAAGUUGAUGUGCAGUAUUAGUCAUGUGUGAUUGUUUAGUCACCUCAGAGCCCUAUAGCCUUCUCUAUGUUACGGCAGCUUCGUGCACAGUACACUGCACAGACCAAAUCAGAUGCAUUGACAUUAUUAGAUUGAAGUUAGUGUCAUAUACGUUUUUGUUGCAACUUCAGUGUGAUUCCAGUCACCCCAUGCCUUUACUUUGCUUCCUUCACUAUAAGAAUGGGUCACUUGACUACUACAUGACAGCACGUCAAGUUGGAAAGAUGGAGCUAAAUGCUGUAUUUUGUAAAACAAAGAUGAGUCUGUGUCUUGGGGAGAUUGAUGUCAGCAGGUAGUGGCUAGCUGUAAUACAGUGGCCCUUAUGGAGUGAUCAGAUGUUUUUGACCAUCAUCAGUGCCUUAUCUGAAUCUGCUUUUACACACAAAUGUUCACUGCCAAUGCAGAAAAAAGCUUCUUAAAAAAGUGAACAGCUGUUCAAUAGAGAGCACAUAGGAUUUGCUGAAGUUCUUUUAUACGACAAAAAAUUAUACUGUAAAUACAUAUUGUUCUGCACUUUUGUAUGAAAUUUCUUUACAUAUAUUCAAAUCUAUUUGAUGAAAAGAAGUAGCUACGUUAUACAGUAGAAUGUACUGUGAUUUGCAGGAUUAUGGAUGAAUGUCUCUUUGAAAGCUGGCAGGCAGUAUGAAAAGGCUGGGAGGCUUUCGACUGGGACAGAGUUUUUGUCUUAAUGACAAAGCCUUGACUCAUGAAAUGUAUCAAGACAUUGAUCUUUUGUACAUUUAACUUAAAUAAAUCCAAGGUCUAAAACUA